CUCAUAUGGUCGCUCAAUUACUAAUGCAAUUUAUAAAAAGUCUGAAUUCACUUCGCUUUUGUUAAUUUCUAGUGAACAUUUACUCGUGCUGUUUUUAGUUUUUGUUUUUAAUUUACAUUAACUUUUUCUUAAAAAAAUUAUGCUCACGGUUAUAAUUUCAUGGUUGAUUUUAUUAAGUUUGGUGCAAGUGCAACCAAAGCAAAGGCAGGGCCUGAUAACUUCCGAUUUGUGGAGGGGUCUGUGGUUUCCUUAUCCUCCAGAAUAUGAACACAAAACGAAUAUUGUAAAGAAAGCGAAUAGCACCGCCUGCGAUAACGGAAAGGACAAUAUCGGCGUAGAUUAUGAUCCCAAAGACAAGCGAGACUCAUAUCACUACUUAUGUUUAUCUAAUAAUCGGACAAACUAUCAACCGCACAUCAACACUACAGCGUUGUUAAACGAAUAUUUUAUACCUCCUGCCUUCCAACCCUCUAUUAAAUGUUUGGAUGAGAUAAUUUACUACGGUGAACCGUUACCUACCUAUGGUUCUUAUCGUCCCUUGGCUCCCAAAUAUGGUGUUUACAACUAUUUGCCACCGCAACGUUGGCUUCAUAGUUUAGCUAAUGGUGCAAUUGUCUUACUCUAUCACCCGUGUGCGUUUCCAGGGCAGGUUAAUCUGCUUAAGAAUCUUUUGCAAAGUUGUUUGUAUCGUCAUAUCGUUACACCAUCCCAACUUCUAAGCGCGCAACGACCCAUUGUUUUGUUGUCUUGGGGCAAAAGCUUACAAAUGUCGGUGGUCGACGUAAGAAUAGCUUUAAAUUUUAUUAAAGAAAACGCCAAGCAUGGCUUAAAACAAAAACAAAAAAUUACGUCAGACCGUUACUACGACAUUGAUCUUUUAAGUGAAGCUCAUUUGUUGACGAACGAGCAGGACGGUAUAAUUUGUGGUUACAAUGACGUUAUGUAAUCGAGUCACAAUUCAU